AUGGCUGUGCUCUCCUUCCUAAUAAUCAUAUUGAUCUCCUGUUCCCCUUCCAUGCUUCAAGCUCAAUUACAGCAAUCCUAUAAGUUUAAGAAGCUCAACCUUCCUUCAAGGGGUUCUGAAUCCUGUGCUUUUGAUCCAAAUGGUGGAGGCCCUUAUACAUCUCUCAACGAUGGUAGAAUCGUCAAAUACCAAGGUCCACAAACUGGAUUCACUGAUUUUGCUACUACUUCAGCUCAGAGGACCAAGGAACUAUGCGACGGACAAUUCACAGAUGACAGGGUUGAAUUGGCAAUUAAAUGUGGUAGACCAAUAGGUUUGGAAUUCAACCAAAAGACAGGGGAUUUGUACAUUGCGGAUGCUUUUCAUGGUCCUAUGGUGGUUGGACCUCAAGGUGGACUAGCAACUCCAGUUUGCGACGGCGAUGGAGUUCCCACAGAUGUUCCUGAUGCAAUCGAUGUCGAUCCAGUCACCGGAACCAUCUUUUAUACUGAUGUUGGAACAUCCAUCCUCAAAAUAAGGAAUCUCACCGAAUUCAUACUUAGCGGAGACACAAGUGGAAGGCUGCUGAAAUAUGAUCCGAUGACUAAGCAAAGAACAGUGGUUUUAACAGGGCUGGCUGGGCCAACCGGGUUGGCGGUCAGUAAAGACGGCACAUUUGUGGCUGUAUCAGAGUACGUUGCGGGAAGAAUUAGAAAGUUUUGGAUAAAGGGUCCUAAGGCUAAUACCUCAGAAGUAAUGGUGAAUCUUCCUGGAAAUCCAGACAAUAUCAAGAGGACUGAAUCAGGAGAUUUCUGGGUUCCAGUGAACAUUGAGAGGUUUCUACCAAAGAAGGCAACUUUUCCAUUGGCGCAGAAGUUCAACUCUGAGGGUCAAAUUCUGGAGACGGUCCACUUUUUUGAGGAGUACAAUGAUGUGUACAUAACUGAAGUUCACCAACAUCAUGCUCAUUUGUUUGUAGCAUCUGUUUAUGCGGAUUUUGUAGGCGUUUUUAAGGGAGUCAAGUGUGUUACGGACAUGGCAUACGAUAUUUAA